GCCCUAACCUCCUUUCGCGCUAGCAUCUAUGGUGUAAAUGUGAAAUGGUUAUAUGACUAGUGUGGAAAUGUGUUAUGAUGUUGCGUUUGUAAGAUGAAGCGUAUCUAUGUGAGUUUUUAGUAAUGGUCUUUAAAAAGUGCUGUAUUUAUCAUGAUGUUCUGUGCAGUGAUUGUUCAAUAUAUUCUGUGUUUGGCAAGUAAAUCCUAGAUGUUGCAGUGGCGGGGUGUUGGCAGCAAUCGAGGCUGUGCCUAACAUGGCUGCAACGCAAUCCGAACCCCAGCAAAAUGAGGUGAAUCGGGAAAAUGUGCAGCAAGAUCAGUCUUCAGUGCCUGAAAACGCGAGUUUACUUCAAAAUGGAACAGAAAGAAGCGUUGGUCGUGGAUUAGUGAGUUUUGAAUGUGGUAAUUCCAAAAUUAAACCGCCAGGUCAAAACAUAAAUACAGAGAUGAGUCAAUAUCGUCAAGACCCUAGUGUCGGACCCGGAGUUCAUCAUCCAGACUCAAAUACAAACAGUGAAGAUCUUUCAAAAACUAAUCAUUGUGAAAAUAAGUCGUUUACUCAUAAUACAGAACAAAGUGACCAAAGUUUUGUGAAAGUCCCCUCUGAUAAUGGAAAUCAAAACAUUCCAGGCUAUGGAUUGACCUUUCCUCAAAGGGGAAGUUAUCAUCCAGACCAUCCAGCAGGUAAUCUUCUUCAACCUGGUGGGGAAAAUAGUUUACAUCAAUCAAACUUUGGCCCAUUUAAUCCCCAAAUGAGGCAUGGCUAUUCUGGUUCUAAACCUAUAACUGGACCUGGUUCUGGUCCUCCUAGACCUUUGAGCACAAGCCCAAACAUGACAUCUCCAAGUAAUUUUGCCCCUCAUAUGCAACAGCAAAGAUUUCUCUCUGGCCAGAGCAUAUCCCAACCGACAGGGCCGACUCCAACAUUAAAUCAGCUUCUACAGUCAUCAAAUCCUGUUCAUCGGUACCAGAAUAGCUAUGGUGACUACAGUUUGCCCAAGCAAGGAAGUGAUCAGCCACAAGGAAGUGUACCAUACAAUCAGGCUUGGCCUCCCAGACCCAUGGGACCAUAUGGAUCUCAACAAAGUCUGCCUGGAUACCGACCCCAAGGACCGAUGGGCGGGCGAGGCGGUCAGUACGGAGGAGGUAGCGGGUCUCCCGGGCCUGGGCCUGUGUAUCCUCCUGCCUCUGGGUCUCCCUCAACUGGUCCUGGGGCUCAAGGGCCACAAUAUCCGUACCCUCAGCGGUAUCCGUCACCCACACCGCCUGCACCACCUCCAGCUCGACCUCCUUUUCCACCUCAUCAGAUGGGUUCUGGACCCUACGGUGGUGGUGGGCAAUCUCCAAAUGGUAGUGGCCCGGGCAGUUAUCCAGAGAGGUACCCAGGCCCUGGGGCUGGUCCUGGUCAGCAGCCUCCAUCUCCUGGCCAGACAGUUGCCGCCCCACAGUCCAGUCCUCAACCCCCACCUCCUUCGCUCUCACCCCAUCAGAACUAUCCUCCGAACAGGCCUCCUCAGUCUUCUACACCAAAUGCUCCUGAACCAGCCGACUUGACGGGUCAGAACAGCAAUGACAGCUCCAGUGGCCCGGCACCCGGGACUCCAAACUCCCAGGGCAUGAGGCCAACACCCUCGCCCACUGGUUCUACUGGCUCUCGCUCCAUGUCCCCAGCUGUUGGCAGUCAACAGAACAUUCCCAUGCCACCUCGGCCAUCGUCCAGUCAGUCUGAUGGUGGGUCCACUCCAGGGACCGGUGCUUCUCGCAUCAGUCACUCUCCUGUCUCCAACCAGGAAGCUCCAUUUGGCUGUGCCCCUGGACCGGGGGCUCCUCGCAUCAACCAGUCUCCUGUUUCAAACCAGGUUGACGUUGCAGGAGGGUACCCUGGACCAUUGCAGCAUAUGCAUGGCUACAAGAUGGGAGGGCCCAGCAUGGGGGGCCAGCCCAUGCCCUCACAUCCUCCAUCCCCCUACUCUUCCCAACAACACUACCCUCAGCAAGUUGGUGCAGGUAACUAUGGUCCACGGCCACAGGGACAGCUAGGGUACGGACCUAACCAGAGUUACAGCCAGCCUCCUCAGACCAAUAGCAACAUACCACCUGGCUCGCAGUACCCCACCAGACCCAUGCCCAACCACGCACCUCCUCACUCACAGUUUCCAGGUUACCAGGGUUGGGGUCCAGGAUCACCAGGAAACAUGAUGGGUGGGCCGAACACCAACCAUCUGGGUGGCAGCAGUGGUGCCAGUGGCAAAGGUGGCCCAGUGACCACCACACCCUCGGCUACUCCACCCUCGGCCACACAGCCCCCUCAAUCCAACUCCUCACCUGGGCCUCGGUCCCAUACACCUCCUCACCAAGCUUACCUCAAACAACAGCUACAGCACAAAGUGGCAUUCGGCAGUGCGGGUAGUGGCAUGCCCCCUAGUCCUGGCAGUUACCCAAACAAUGCCACACCGCUGGGUAUGGGACCGCCACACCAUCAUCCUAUGGGGCCUCCGUCCAUGGGCCCUCCCAACAGCCAUGUGGGCCAGCCUCCGCCAUCAUCCACCCCUAACUCUCACCUCUCUCUGGACACUCCCACCACGACACCUAGUGACCUGCAUGACAAUGGCAUUACAACUACAGCCACAGGUACAGUGAUGUCCAGUAGUCAAGGUGGAGUCACCCAGCUGGUCACCACUGGGCCUGACGGGGCUCCCAUAGAUGAAGCCUCUCAACAGUCUACACUCUCCAAUGCUUCUGCAGCGUCAGGGGAGGACCCUUCGUGCACACCCAGCAAGUCACGAAAGGACAACAUGUAUCACCCCUCCACUCCCCAGAGCACAGUACCAAGCCCGGGCGCAGCGUCUAUGAAUUCCAUGCAUGACGAGUACCCGCCGGACAGCAGCCCAACGUGGCCCCGCACGCCCGCUAGUCCGGUCUAUAACAGUCACAUGCCCCAGGACCUAUACAGGCCAAAGAAGCAGGACAGUCUGAGUAAGCUGUACGAGAUGGACGAUGCGCCUGACCGUCGGCUCUGGCUGGACAAGCUACUGCAGUACAUGGAGGAUAGAGGAUCACCCAUCACCACAUGUCCCACCAUCUCCAAGAACCCCCUCGAUCUCUUUCGACUAUACCUCUAUGUCAAGGAGAGAGGGGGCUUCAUGGAGGUAUGCAAGGUGCAGUGUAGUUCCAUGGUUACCAAAAACAAGAUUUGGAAGGACAUUGCAGGACUGCUGGGGAUUGGAGCUUCAUCUAGUGCUGCCUACACUCUACGUAAACAUUACACAAAAAACUUACUUCCUUAUGAGUGUCAGUUUGACAGGGGGGGUAUUGACCCUCAGCCUAUUAUUAACCAGGUUGAAGCCACUUCUAAGAAAAAAUCCUCAAAAGCUGCUCCUGUACCUUCUCCAGGGUCUUCAAACUCACAAGAUUCGUUUCCGUCUGGUGGGGGCGGUAGUGGCUCCAUGGAUGGCUACAGCUACGGGUACCCUCCCGAUUACAAUAACCAAAGGCCUCCAUCACAGUCAAACCAAGUGACAGCAGGUGUAGGGGUGCCGGCCGCGAGUGCAGGCGAUAACAUUAGCGUUUCCAACCCCUUUGACGACGCAAGGCCUCCCCGCCCAGGAAUGCAGGGUAACUAUCAGAACCAAGGGGGUAACUACCCCCAGUAUCCGGACCAGUACAACCAGCAGUACCCUCCAAAUCGCCCAAUCUACCCUCCCUAUGGACCUGAUGCUGACAGAGGUUACAGCCAGGGCACCAGCACAGGACCGGGAGCAGGCAGUCCGAGUCAGAGUGGGACACCUCCCGGCCCAGACCCCUACAACCGGUACAACAUGGCACCGGGCCAGCCUCCUGGUUACCCUCCCAGACCAGGAUUUGGGGGCUCCCAACCUCCUAGUGGACCCAACCCUCAGACACCCCCUGCCCAACCACCAGGCCAAGGUUAUCCCCCUCCUCAACAGGGCUACUAUGGGCAGGACCAGGGAUACCCUGGUCAGGGCCAAGGUCCCGGAGGAGGAACAGCACCGUAUCCUGGAGGACAACCCAACAAAGGAAUGCCACCUCCUGGUCCACAGCCCCGCAGACAUCCUGACUUUGCCAAAGACCAGCAGCCUUACCCGCCUUACAACCAACCUAGGCCUGCCAUCUACCCUGGAGGAUGGCCACAAAACAACAAUAGCCAGUACCGGGGACAGUACGGGCCGCAGCAGUGGAGCCAGGUUCCCCCUCGUCCGGGGGGCCCUCCAUCGUCUACCCAGCCUCCCAGUGGACCCCCCGGACCUGGUCAAUGGGACCAACAGCGUUACCCUGCCCAGCCUCCUUACCAGCAGUGGAAUGUACCAAGUAUGGGAAGCACAGUGGUAGGCCCCCGCACUCCUGUGGGUCCUAGACAUUACAGGCCCGAUGGCAAACCAUAUUGUCCAAUGCCAUCAUCUGUUAAUGUGAAAGGUCAACCAACAGGUGCCAUGCAGAGUGGUCCAGGAGGUGCAAAACGAGAGUUGGUUUUUCCAAUGGACAGUGUAGAGGCUGUGACUCCUGUGUUGUACAAGAGAAGGCGACUGACAAAGACUGAUGUAGCUCCGAUAGACGCGUGGAGGAUGAUGAUGGCCCUGAGGUCAGGUCUGCUGGCCGAGACGUCAUGGGCGCUAGAUGUCCUCAACAUCCUAUUGUUCGAUGAUGCCAGUAUAGCGUACUUUGGCCUGGCCCACCUGCCAGGUCUACUGGAUACCCUGCUCGAGCACUUCAAACACGCCUUAGGAGAAAUGUUGGAGAAAGAGAGUGAAGGAUUGAACAAUCGUCAGUGGUACGAACAUUCUACACCUGAAUCCAAGACUAUUGAUCUCGGUAGUAUAUCUACACCUCCUGAUCCGAGUGAUAGGGUGAAGGUCAUUCAAGGUCCUGACUACACGAUGCAGUCGAGAAGAGGUGCACAAGUGUUGUUAACUCCUAGUUCAGAUGAAAUUUUUGUGUCCGAUCAAAGGAGAUCGUGGGACAAUGAAGAACCUGAAGAAGCGCCUGAAGCUCCGGAUUAUUCUAGUACCAAAUAUAUUAUCUCGUGUUUUAAAGGUGAAUUCGGACUCGUGCCGUUUGUGAGAUUAUUGCCAGACAAAAAAUGUGAUGUUAAAAUAGAAAAAGACACAACUUGUGAUCAGACUGAAACAAAAAGGACUAGGUCUUUAAAUGACUUAUUAACGCGAGUUAAGUUAGAACCAAGUGAAACAACGGAAGUGAAAAGUGAAGAUGUGAAUGAAAGGGUGCGUGAUCCGGCAGGUAUCUUAAGACGGAGGCGAAUGUCUGACUAUGAAGACGAGUGCUACAGUCGGGAUGAAGCUAGUUUAUAUUUAGUUACUGAAAGUCAAGAUGCAUUAGCGAGGCGAUGUAUAUGUAUAUCUACUAUUUUGAGAAAUCUGACAUUUGUUCCUGGGAAUGAAGCAGAGUUUGCUAAAAACGUUACGUUCCUUAACUUAUUGGGUAAACUGCUGUUACUUCAUCAUGAACAUCCUGUGCGAACGCAGAAACAAAGAAACUAUGAUCGUGACGACGAUGCAGACUAUGGAGAUUGUUGUUCAUCUCUUCAAGGGGAAGGAGAGUGGUGGUGGGAAUUUCUACAUCAUCUGAGAGAAAAUGCUUUGGUAUGUUUGGCCAACAUGGCCGGACACGUGGACUUGGGUCUGUACUCGGAGGAUGUGUCACGGCCAUUGCUGGAUGGUCUUCUUCACUGGGCCGUGUGUCCUGCUGCCCAGGGACAGGAUGCCUUCCCCACCGUGUCCCCGGCCAGUGGGCUCUCCCCUCAGCGACUGGCUCUGGAAGCUCUAUGCAAACUCUGUGUCACCGAGAACAACGUAGACCUUGUCAUCGCUACUCCUCCUCACUCCAGACUGGAGAGGUUGUGUGCCGUCCUCACCAGGUUGCUCUGUCGCAGUGAGGAGCAGGUUCUGAGGGAGUUCUCGGUGAAUCUGUUGCAUUAUCUGGCGGCGGCGGACAGUGGAGUGGCAAGAACCAUCGCAGCUCAGAGUCCUUGUGUGUCAUUGCUGGUGGCUUUCAUCGAGCAAGCGGAGUCGAGCGCCAUAGGGGUGGCCAACCAGCUCGGGAUCAAUGCACUACGGGACAAUCCGGACUGUAUGGGGACUAGUCUGGACAUGUUGCGACGUGCCGCGCGCACGCUGCUGCACCUGUCCAAGCACCCGGACAACCAGCCCUUGUUCCUACAGCAGGAACAGAGACUACUGGCUCUCGUCAUGAGUCAGAUCCUGGACCAGCAGGUUGCCGCCAUCAUCUCCAGGGUGCUGUACCAUUGCUCGUCCCGCCCACCCUCGCCCGAACCUGCCUUGCCUUAGACCUGUAGGCUUUUUUAUUUGUUUUUGUUUUUCUUUUUUACUUUUUAUGUGGAAACUCAUGGUUCUCUUGUUGCAUCAAAUUUAAUUUUAAAGUCGUACGGACUUAAAUUGAGUUGGUCAUUAUUGUUUUAAAGUCUAUGAUUCGUUGUUCCAUCCUUCCUAGUGCGCGUGCUAUAUAUAAUAAAUAUAGCUGAAUUUGUAAAUAAUAAAAAGACUUAUAAAAAAGUAUGUGUUAUAAAUCUAAUCCUUUAUUUAAAGGUUUAGCGAAUACAGUUUCUCAAAAUGUGAAUUUGAAUAUAGUUGAUAAAAUAUUUUUAUACAUGUU